GGUUUAACAUCAUCUGGUUGAACCUUUUUACCUACCAAAAUGUCAAAAAGGCCAUCUUAUGCCCCACCGCCCACCCCAGCCCCCACAACCCAAAUGCCCAGCACACCAGGGUUUGUGGGAUACAAUCCAUACAGCCAUCUGGCCUACAACAACUACAGGCUGGGAGGGAAUCCGGGCACCAACAGCCGGGCCACGGUAGGAGAAUCAACUAUUACGUCAUCCGGCAAACAACAAGAAGUGACCAGAAAUGGCUUUAGAGCAUCGUCUGGUAUUACAAUCCCCAAACCCCCAAAGCCUCCAGAUAAGCCGCUAAUGCCGUACAUGAGGUAUAGCAGGAAGGUCUGGGACCAAGUGAAGGCAUCCAACCCCGACUUGAAGUUAUGGGAAAUUGGGAAGAUCAUUGGAGGGAUGUGGCGAGACCUCACUGACGAGGAGAAGCAAGAGUACUUAAAUGAAUAUGAAGCAGAAAAGAUAGAGUACAACGAGUCGAUGAAGGCCUACCAUAACUCACCCGCGUACCUUGCCUACAUCAAUGCAAAAAGUCGCGCCGAAGCAGCACUGGAGGAGGAAAGCCGGCAAAGGCAGUCCCGUAUGGAGAAGGGGGAACCUUAUAUGAGCAUCCAGCCAGCUGAAGACCCAGAUGAUUAUGAUGACGGAUUUUCUAUGAAACACACGGCUACGGCCCGUUUCCAAAGAAACCACCGUUUGAUUAGCGAGAUCCUGAGCGAAAGCGUCGUACCCGAUGUCCGAUCAGUGGUCACCACAGCACGGAUGCAAGUUCUCAAAAGACAGGUCCAGUCUUUGAUGGUUCAUCAGCGGAAACUGGAAGCUGAGCUCCUGCAAAUAGAAGAACGUCACCAGGAAAAGAAAAGGAAGUUCUUGGAAAGUACAGAAUCCUUUAACAACGAGCUCAAGAGGCUGUGCAGCCUGAAGGUCGAGGUGGACAUGGAAAAAAUAGCCGCGGAAAUUGCCCAAGCAGAGGAACAGGCCCGUAAGAGGCAGGAGGAACGGGAGAAAGAAGCAGCGGAGCAAGCCGAACGCAAUCAGAACAGCACCAGCGCCGAGGAGGAGCAAGCAGCGAGCAAGGCUGAGGAGAAGAAGGAAGAGGGAAAUGCUCCCAUGGAGACAGAGGAGCCUCCUCCAGAGGAAGCGAUCGAGACCCAGCAGAACGGGGAAGGGACGUCCACUCCGGAAGACAAGGAAAGCGGCCAAGAAGGAGUGGAAAGCAUGGCGGAGGAAGGAACCAGUGACAGCAACACGGGCUCAGACAGCAACAGCGCCAUGGUCGAGGAGCCCCCCGCCGACCCCAUCGCCCCAGAAGACAGCGAAAAGAAAGAAUGAACGCAGAGCCCGUUU